GGGGCUCCGCGGCCGGGCUGGUGGGGCAGGAAAAUGGCGGCCGGCAUCCGGGAGAAGCAGACAGUGGCUUUGAAACGUAUGCUGAACUUCAACGUUCCUCCUGUUAAAAACAGUACAGGAGAACCAGUAUGGAAGGUUCUCAUUUAUGACAGAUUUGGCCAAGACAUAAUUUCCCCUUUGCUGUCAGUGAAAGAGCUGAGAGAUAUGGGAAUCACUUUGCAUCUGCUUUUGCAUUCAGAUCGAGAUGCUAUUCCAGAUGUUCCAGCUGUUUACUUUGUAAUGCCAACAGAAGAAAAUAUUGACAGAAUGUGCCAGGAUCUUCGAAACCAGCUUUAUGAAUCUUAUUAUUUAAACUUUAUUUCUGCUAUUUCAAGAAGUAAACUGGAAGAUAUUGCAAAUGCUGCCAUAGGUGCUAAUGCAGUAACUCAAGUGGCUAAGGUGUUUGAUCAAUAUCUUAAUUUCAUUACUUUAGAAGAUGACAUGUUUGUGUUGUGUAACCAAAACAAAGAACUUGUUUCAUAUCGUGCCAUUAACAGACCAGAUAUAACAGACACAGAAAUGGAAACUAUAAUGGACACUAUUGUUGAUAGUCUCUUCUGUUUUUUUGUUACACUUGGAGCUAUUCCUAUAAUCAGAUGCUCAAGAGGAACUGCAGCUGAAAUGGUGGCAGUGAAAUUAGAUAAGAAGCUCAGAGAGAAUCUAAGAGAUGCCAGAAACAGUCUUUUUACAGGUGACACACUUGGAGCUGGCCAGUUCAGCUUCCAAAGGCCCCUAUUAGUCCUUGUUGACAGAAACAUAGAUUUAGCAACUCCUCUACAUCAUACUUGGACAUACCAAGCUUUAGUGCAUGAUGUUCUGGAUUUCCAUUUGAAUAGAGUUAACUUGGAAGAAUCAACAGGAAUGGAAAGUUCCCCAGCAGGUGCUAGACCUAAGAAAAAGAAUAAGAAGUCCUAUGAUUUAACUACAUCUGAUAAAUUCUGGCAAAAACAUAAGGGCAGUCCUUUUCCAGAGGUAGCCGAGUCUGUUCAGCAAGAACUGGAAUCCUACAGAGCCCAAGAAGAUGAAGUCAAAAGACUUAAAAGUAUCAUGGGUAUAGAAGGGGAGGAUGAAGGAGCAAUAAGUAUGCUUUCUGAUAAUACAGCUAAGCUAACUUCGGCUGUCAGCUCUCUUCCAGAACUUCUGGAAAAGAAGAGGCUCAUUGAUCUUCAUACAAAUGUUGCAACAGCCGUUUUGGAGCAUAUAAAGAGUCGGAAGCUGGAUGUGUAUUUUGAAUAUGAGGAAAAAAUAAUGAGCAAAUCCACUCUGGAUAAAUCUCUUCUGGACAUGAUUUCUGACCCAGAUGCAGGAACUCCAGAAGACAAAAUGCGGUUAUUUCUUAUCUAUUACAUAAGCUCAGCUCAGGCACCUUCAGAGAUUGAUUUGGAGCAGUAUAAAAAAGCAUUGAUGGAUGCAGGUUGUAAUCUUGCUCCUUUGAGCUACAUAAAACAAUGGAAGGCUUUCACUAAGAUGGCUUCAGCUCCAACCAGCUAUGGAAACACUACGCCUAAACCUUUGGGUCUGUUUUCACGUGUUAUGAAUACAGGAUCACAGUUUGUAAUGGAAGGAGUGAAGAACUUGGUACUGAAGCAACAAAAUCUACCAGUCACACGUAUAUUGGACAAUCUGAUGGAGAUGAAGUCAAACCCUGAAACAGAUGACUACCGGUAUUUUGACCCCAAGAUGCUACGAGGCAGUGACAGCUCAGUUCCAAGAAACAAAAAUCCAUUCCAGGAGGCAAUAGUAUUUGUAGUUGGAGGUGGCAACUAUAUUGAAUAUCAAAAUCUUAUUGACUACAUAAAGAUCUCACAAAAGAGAUACUACAGUGCUUUUGCAUAUGUAACUUGGCAAUAUGAAGUCAGUUCAAAACAAGGCCUACAGGGUAAACAAGGCAAACACGUCCUGUAUGGCUGCAGUGAACUUUUUAAUGCUACACAGUUUAUAAAACAGCUGUCCCAACUUGGCCAGAAAUAAGACUGAAACACCGUUACCUGGACAGCAACGUGACAACAGAGAAUUGUUAACAACAUUCAGCCAUCAUCAUACCUAUAAUUCUGUCAUUAUAUUAAAACUUUAACCCAUUUCAUUAAUAUGAUAACCUUUAAAAAAAGAUCUGUAAUUACUACGGUGUAUAUCAACAUUUCGGAAAUAAACCUUAAAACCUGCUAUAUUUUUGGUGGGGGUCAGUUUCACAUUACUACAUUCUAAAUGCAGUAUUAGCUGUGGUAUAUGACAGAGCCAGCUGAAAACUUGCAUUUUCAAGUUCUUAUAUAUAGUUUCUGUUACAGUAAACAAAGCAACAGCUUGAAGAAAAGGUCAAGUCUGUCUUUAGGAGAUGCGUUCUUCCUGAAAACCAGACUAUCUGUAUUUAACAGAACUGGGAAGGACAAAACUGCCUUUUAGGACCACAGACAAACAGCCUUAGUGCAAGAGUACUACUGCUUCUGGUUCUUACCCUUUUAUUUUACCACAGUCAUCAUACAUGUACUUAAAUUUGUGCAGUCUUUGCUUGAUGGUCCAAAGAUGUACUUGAAGAUACCUUCAGUACAAGUUUCUGAUACAGUAAUUCAGUUUUUCUCUUAAGAGAAAACUGCUUUCCUACACAGUCACAGUUUCAAAUGGUAAAACUGUGAAAUCUUUAAUAAUUUUCUCUGCACUUUUUAUUGUAACUUUUAUUGCUUUGGCUGUUAUGUUUGGGGAAAAAAAAAAACAAGUCAUACUCACAGAAUAGCUCUUAACUGUUUUAUUAGCACCUAUUUGAAAUACAGUUUUUAACAGUUGCAUUAGGUAGGGGUGGUUUAGUAGUUUAGAGAAUCUCAUGAUACAAAUAAGUUUUGCCAGUAAUGACAGAGCUGGAGAGCACAUACGGGAAUUGAGAGAAGGUAAUGAAAUUUCUAUAUAUAUGUACAUCUCUGCCUCUAGAAAUGGCCUCUCUGGAGACAGCACUGCUACUGGUGAAGCAAUACUACAGCUUGCAAAUGAGGCCUAAUACACUCAAAAAGUGAAAAGAAAACACUUGUGGAUUUAUUAACAAACCAUGAGAUUGGAAGAAUUACUGGUUUACUGUAAAAUCUUUCAGCAAUGUUUUUGCACUGUUCUUCAAAGUCGAAUGUUAUUUUUGCUCUAAAUGCAAUACUUUUUCCUCAGAUUUCUUUCAGAACAUCUAUACAAGAAAUGCAGUUGAUCUAUUCCUUAAAAGUAUCACAGUAAAAACCACGUUAUCAAAAAGUAAUACAGUUAAUUAAUUAUCUCAGCUGAGUGUUGUAAGCUACUCCACACUACUACUAUAAAGUUCUACCUUUGCCAAGUCACUAAAUAUAUUUAUCAUCAUGUUAAUGAUAGUUGUUGUGUGUGAGCAUUCUCCCAUACUUCAGUCAGCAAGGAUUUACAGUGUGAAAUGCAGUCUGUUACUCUGAUUCCCUACAUAUACUAUAUUUGUUAGUAAAAACAAGGUCCAACUGUGUUUGGAAAAAGAAAAUGACAUUUAAGGUGUUUAUUGCUUCCAGUGGGAGUUCAUUCCAGGAGCUUGAAAUAACUCAUCCCCAAGAGAAUUGUGCUUCCUUUGCAAUGAGUUUUAACCUGGCAGCUGACAACCAACUUCUGAAAAAUCUGCUGACUGCUUUUUGUCCUGAUCGUGUGGCAGCCUGUGAUACGAUGGCCCCUGCUCAUUUAAACCAGGAGUGCUCCUAAAUCACAGCUUACAAAAUUUGCUGUUUCAGAAAACUGUGGGAAGAUAUCAGAAAUUACUUCGGUGGCUGUGUUCUGAAACUUAACCUGCAGUCCUUACAAUGCCUCUGGAGACAGGUUCCAUUUGUGCACAGCUUUAUAGCUGGAUCUUCAGGUCUGUUGUGUGAGCACGCACUGGUCAGUUCAGGUUUUGGGUUUUUUAAAAAAUUAGUAAAUGCAAUGUUAGUAUUUUCUUUCCUCUCCAAACUAGUUUUCUGGUUUUGGUGUAUUAGUAGUCCUAAAGCUCUCUUGCCAUUAAAAUCUCAGAUUUACCACUCA